CAGGCCUGUUCUGCCCAUGAUGGGUGAGAGAUCUCUGGCUGCCUUUAUUGAGACCCCCGACCUUUCCUGCUGUGCUCUGUUGCCUGCCCAGGGGCAGCAGGAGAGGCACAGAGCGCUUUUGCUGGCCCCGGGCACCUGGCCUGGCCCAGCCCAGCCCAAGAAUCUCUGCUAGAAUUCACUGCUGAGAGUCCCAGAAGCGGCUUCCCCGGGGCUUCCCUUCUUCGCUGGCUCGAGCAGAGUGGGGCCCUUUUUCUUAGCAUGCUUUUUUCGGGACACGAACGUCGGUGCCCCCGCGGUACGCUACUCGCUUUGCCGCCCCGCUCGCUGCUCCCCCUAAUGCUCGCAUCGUUGCCGCACGCUGCUGAGCCAAAACCUCCCACACCGACAGCACCGAGCUGCGGCGGCACCAGCCCGAGUGCCCGCUAAGUCUGGCCGGUAUGGGAGCGGCGGCGGGCGGCGCGUUCGGCUCAAUCCGCAGCGGCGGCGGCACCCGAAGCCUGGCGAGCCGGCGGUGGAGCUCGGUGGGGAAUCCAGCCCAGGGUGCCAUCAGCGCCGGUGUAAAGCUGUACCCGAGGCUGAGCUCCCAAAGGCUUUGCCAGCACUCCGGAUGUCUCGGGAACCAGGAGCUUGUUUGUUCCAGGCAGAGAGAUGGCGCCUGUGAGCAGGAGAAGAGUGAAUCCUGCCCCAUUCCUGGAGCUGUGAAUGAGCCCCAGCAUCCCCAGGAGGGACCAGCAGCCGGGCUUCCACACUUGCCUGGGGUGCAAGAAGCCUCUUGGCAUCAGCAGGGGGAUGCCACUUGUGAGCGUGCAGUGAGUGCAGAUGUGGAGAAUGGAUCCUGCACCAGGGAUGGAAGUGUGCGGGAGCCCGUGAGUCCCCAGGGCACAUCAGCAGCCAAUAAAGAAGACAAAAGGAACCUCAGAAGAUUGCUGGGUGAACGGUUCAGGUCCCAUCCCGUGGGCACAGCGGCGCUGCUGAUUCUGCUGCUCCUGGUGCUGGUGCUGGCUUUGGGGGUGGCCUUGGCUGUGCAGUCAGCCCCACAGGUUCCAGUUCCACCUGCGACUCCACAGUGUGUUCUGGGCUGUCCCUCUGGCUGGGUCGGGCACAACGGGGUCUGCUACUACUUCUCAAGGGAUUACAGCACCUGGGAGCAGGCUCAGGAACGGUGCUCCCAGCUCAAUGCCUCCCUGGCCAUUGCCGAGGAUGAGGAGGCCAUGGAUUUGCUCUUCCGCCUCCUCGGGAACGGCGAUUUCUGGCUCGGGCUGCGCAGACGGGGCGAGCGCCUGCAGUGGGAGGACGGCAGCAGCUACAGCUCCCGGGUUCCCGUCCUCGGCAAUUCCCAGUGUGCGUACCUGGCUGACGGGAAUAGAUUCAGGAGUGAGUUCUGCUCCAAUGAGCGGCCGUAUGUCUGCAGCAAGGCCCAAGGUCCCCUGUAACAGGGGCUGCAGAAAGGACCUUCUCCACGCUGGGCAGUGCCAGCUUCACCUCUGAGCCCAGCACAGGGCUGCCCUUCCUCAGCUGCACCCUGUGCCUUGCACUUCCUCUCAGGGUCACCUCAGUGCCUCUUCAUCCCCAGUGCCAGCGCUGGGCUGGGGGUGCAAAGGAAAAGUCACUCCAAUCCAUCCUGCCACUGAUGCUGUCUGGAGUGAGUGCAUUGUACUCCUUAUGUUUGAGAAAUACAGCUCAUUAAAUUUUAAAAUUUAAAGUUUUUGAAGGGAUAAAAUCCUGGGCUGUGAUGCUUGGCUGUUUGCACAUAUUAUUGGCUCAACUAUGUUCUUCAUAUACUGUUUCAUUAUAGGGCUACAUGCAUACUGUUAGAGUUUAUACAUAUUCAAACAUACGUUUUCAAACAUUCAAAGAGUUUAUACCUAUUCAAAGAUUCCUUUAAUAUGUUCUUUUUUUUGGUUUUAACCUUUGACUUGUCUUCAUGCCUUCUCAAUUAAACUAAUGCAUUUUAGUUUUCCUUGUGGUUCUGUCUUCUUGUAUUUUCAUUCCCUGAUAAUGAGGGUUAAUAAAUUAUUUUUUCUCGGUU